GGUAAUAAUUGAGAAUUUUAAAAAAUCUAAAUUUGGUAACUUUAGAUAUAUUAGAACAAAUUUAGAACUAGAAGAUAUGGAGAACAAAACUCAGCAGGAAGCUUGGACCAUCAAAGUUUCAUCCCUUACUUGCAUAGACCUCGCCAACACCAAUCUUCAUCAAUCAGCUGAUUCGCUUAAACAGGCAUGUCAAGAUUGUGGAUUCUUCUAUGUCACAAAUCAUGGUAUAAGCGAGGAGUUGAAGGACAAGGCUUUCGAGCAGAGCAAGAAGUUCUUUGAUCUUCCUUUGGAGGAGAAGAUGAAAGUAUUGAGAAACGAAAAGCAUCGAGGCUAUUCACCCGUCCUUGAUCAAAUCUUAGAUCCUGAGAAUCAAGUCGACGGUGAUUACAAAGAAAGUUUUUUCAUUGGAAUUGAAAGUGUUAAAGAUGAUCCGCAUGGGGAUACGCCAUUCUAUAGCCCCAACCUAUGGCCUGACCAUGAUGUUUUGCCGGGGUGGCGGGUGACCAUGGAGAAAUACUAUCAAGAAGCAUUGAGGGUUUGUAAGGCUAUUGCUAGAUUAUUGGCAUUGGCGCUCGACUUGGAUGGAGAUUACUUUGAUAAACCAGAAAUGCUGGGAAAUCCUAUCGCAGUUAUGCGCUUGGUUCAUUAUGAAGGGAUGUCUGAUCCCUCGAAAGGAAUAUUUGGAUGCGGGGCACAUUCUGAUUUCGGAAUGAUGACUCUCUUAGCAACCGAUAGUGUAAUGGGGCUCCAGAUAUGCAAGGAUAAGGACGUGAAGCCUAGGAAAUGGGAAUAUGUACCAUCUAUUAAAGGAUCCACAUUGCAUCGAGUACUUGGGAAUGGUCAGGACCGAUAUUCCAUUGCAUUCUUCAUACAACCGAGUCACGACUGUCUAGUAGAAUGUCUUCCUACCUGCCAGUCCGAAAACAACCUUCCCAAAUAUCCAGCUAUCAAAUGUUCAACAUACCUCACCCAACGUUACGAGCAAUCACAUGUGGAUUUGAGCAUCUACAAACAGACCUAAGUGAAAGUCUUUGGUUUUCUAUUUUGGUUAACGCCCUUCCCACUAUAUAUGCUUUGGUUUUUUAGUUGGGUUCGUUGUAGAAGUUUUUGUCUUAAAGGCUUGUUCACCAAGGUUUAUAAAUACUGUACAUGGCGACCUAUUGGAUUAAUAAAAGAGAAUAUCAGUU